UCUCCCUGGAGACUGUGGCUCCCACUGACUGAGGACCACCUGCGCUGGGCGACCCUCAGGGCCCAGCCACAGCAGCACACCCGGGGAAGGCCUUGGUUCAGGCUCGGCAGGAAGCCCUUUGCGACCAGAAGCAUGGGUGAUUCAGACCCACUAUCUGCCACACCCCAUCAAGAUCUCCCCUCCGCAUCUCUGCAUUACCCUUACAGCAACCUUGGAGAGGGGCGGGCCCACUUACUGCCCUCUAAACCCUGCCGCUCACGGACAUCAAGACUGUCCUCUACUGACCUAUCGCCCCCUCCCUUGCCUCAGAAGACCCUCAGCCGGACCCGCUCUCUUCCUACCAGCAACACUCUUCACUACUCCUCUGGCUACAGUUCCCUUCCCAAGAGGGAGUAUCAACCCAAUGCAGGCCAAACCUCCUGGGAGAAACUGAGGAGACCUUUGCUGGAGUCUUGGAGCCUGGAAGAGAUCCCAUGUGGCAGGGUGAGCCACUCUGGCCCAGACCCUCGCCGACUGACCUUCGCUACCCCUGACUGGGAGCUAGGUCAUUUCUUUCAGGAUUUGGACAGCACCCAGGAGGUAUACAAAGUGCUCAGAGGCCUCCAGUUGGAUUCCCUGCGCUGCAUAGAGAACCGGCUGGGAGCCCGGCUGGCCGGGCGGUGGCCUGGCAGGGGUGGUCCGGGCCAGGUCUUCCGUCUGCUGGAUGGCAAGCCGUGUGCGGAGAGUGGGGAUGCCUGGUACUACAGGGUGGUUCGGAUCACCGAAGACACCUGGCACCUCCUGGCUGCCAAGGUCCACAAGCCCAGGUCAAUGACCUCUGAGCCCCUGGAUGCUGAGCCUCCUGGGCUGGCCCUCCAGGCCACACUCAAGCCUCAUUUUAAUGUGCAGAGCCUGUGUGGCCAGCUGCCAGCAGGGACACUGCCAGAGGCUCCAUGGCAAGGGCCAGUGGCUCUCGUGGCCGAGGUGCCCACUCAGACUGUGGCCGAUUGGGUUGGCGCUAACAAGGAGCUACAUCGGAGCUGUCCAGGACAGUAUGAGCACCAGGUUUGCCUAUUGCUGCUCCAGCUGUGCGGGGCCCUGAAACAGCUGCAUAAGGACAGUCUAGGCCAUGGGGACCUGAGGCCUGAGAACCUGCUCUUGGCAUCACCCCGGGGCCAGCCUACAGGGGCCCUGCCCCAGCUGCUUCUCACAAACUUUGCCAGGGCCCGGCCACUGGUGCCGCAGCUUCCUGCACGGGAAGAUGAGCUUCAGCUGGGCCUCCUUAUCUACGAAAUGCUGGGCCAAGGCCCUGCGCUGGCCCAGGCCCGGGGGGCAUCCCCACCACCUCUGCCAAUCCGCUCAGACUACUCAUUGGCUCUGGCCCGCUUGACUCCACACUUGCUACAGGCUGAGCCGGACAGCCGUCCCUCUGUGGCCCAGGUCCGAGUUGCCCUGCAGACCAUCCUGUGGGGGCCUGGGCCUAAGCUCCAGGCCCAAGGCCUCCCCCUGGGGCCCUGGCUGGACAUCCACCGGGCCUUGCUGCCACUGGAGUUGGCCGAGCGGCUGGCAGGGAGUGGGGAGGCAGCCGGACUUGAGGACUGGCUCUGUUGCCAGUAUCUAACUGAGGCCUCACAACAUAUGGUGGGCUGGGCUCUAGAGCUCCUCUGGGGAGAGCUGACAGCUGCUGGGGACUGAGUGCCCUUGGAAAUUCCCAGGGAGUCUUCUUAAAUCUCUAACAGGCUCCCAGCUCCAGAUACAUUAGAGAAUAGGUAUAUAUUACCUGACCUGCCUGGGAACUUCGUCUUCUGAUCCCCCCACUUUUCUGUCCCGUCCCUCACCCCCAAAAGCCUUUAUCUUUUGUAGAAAGAGCAUUGACCACAGGGCUCUCUGAACAAAUUUCCUGCCUGCCCCCACCUACCCCUGCAAAAUCCCACUGAAUGAAGGCUCCUUGUUUUUAA